AUGCUCGACAUAAUAUCCCACGUCCCCGCGCACUUGACCAAAGCGCUUUACAUCCCAAAACAUGACGACACAACUUCCCAUUUCGCGAUCUACGACAUCUCCAAGGAAUAUUCCGAAAAAGUGGGCGUUCAUCCCAUGGGCUCGGAGAGUUACAAGGUGGAGCUAUGCCUUCUUCGAAAGCCUAGCGGCUAUCAUGCCGGUGACAACGCUCGGUUCCUGGUAGACGUGGACGCUAGUGUUUCUAUUCAUGAGAGGGUUAUGGGUCGAGACCCUUUGGAUGCGGAGGUAUCAUCGCCGAUUGAUGGAGAUGGGAGUGUUACGUUGCAGAUACAUUCGGGUAAUUCCUCGUUUGAACUCACAGCACGGGAAUGUUACCCUCUGCCAGAGAAGGAAACGAAGAAGAGAAUCGUUCGAUAUCCAUACAUGAACAUAGAUGGAGACAUUGCAGAUUUACCUCACCGCUGUGAUUGGCGAGUUCAUCCAGCGGAGAAGGGACCUUUGCGCUAUGAACUAGUGGAUAUGGAACGACAAGGCGAUGACGAUAGUUCGAUACUAGCGAUCUAUCAUCACCAAGGCUUUGAGAGCGAGCUGCCUACGUCUUACAGCCACGGAGUUCUCCUUCUACCAAGCGACUCUACGCCAUUAUUUGACAUCACUGUUGUGUCAAGUCUUAUGGCUCUUCUAGCUACAACUCGCAAGCAGCCGGUGGCGCGGAAGCGGUCACGAUUUCGGUCUCUGAUGGCGUCUUUAUGA